AGCCCAGCCAUGCAAAAUUCUAUCUCACUGCAAAUUUCCUUCAACCAAAACUCACUGUUACCAUUUAUCUCCAAACCAACCGCUUUCUCUAUUUUCCCAACCAAAACCCACCAUUUCCAUGUUCCCGAACCCAUGACUUCUUCCCUCAUUAGCUUCUCCAAUCCAAUCACCAAACACCCAUCACUCACCCAACUAGUUGCUUAGUUUAUAGGAACCUUCUCUUGAACUUGCUCUGUUUCCAAUCAGACAUCGAUGAUUGCUUUGGAAAUGGCUCAAAAUGGGUCCCUAGUUUCUUCGGAGACUCAAGUUAACAAGAAGACUGCUGCUUUGAGGAGUUGGAUUUCAUUGAACCAUGAUGGUCAAGGAACCGUUUUGGAUUUGGAUAAGUAUGCCAUUAUGCGCCGAGUUAACAUUCACGCUCGAGAUCUUCGGCUUCUUGAUCCAUUGUUAUCUUAUCCUUCCACGAUUUUGGGCAGAGAGAAAGUCAUUGUUCUCAACUUGGAGCACAUCAAAGCAAUAAUCACUGCAGAGGAGGUAUUGCUUAGAGACCCGUUUGAUGAUAAUGUGCUACCUAUUGUUGAGGAGCUCCAAAGGCGGUUGCCUCCAGCAAGUGGCAAUAUUAAUGGCCCAGGGGAAGAAGAAGACUCUGGGUUACAGAAAGAUGUCGAAACCAGUGAAGAUGAUGAUUUUCCAUUUGAAUUCCGGGCAUUAGAAGUUGCACUAGAAGCUAUUUGUACAUCUCUUGAUACUUGCACGGGAGAACUAGAGAGUGAUGCUUAUCCAGCUUUAGAUGAGCUUACUUCCAAGAUCAGCAGUCGUAAUUUGGAUCGGGUUCGUAAGCUGAAGAGCGCAAUGACCAGGUUGACAAAUCGGGUUCAAAAAGUGAGGGAUGAGCUCGAACAGCUUCUUGAUGACGAUGAUGACAUGGCCGACCUUUACUUAUCAAGAAAGUUGGUUGGGACUUCACCUAUGAGUGGCUUUGGUGCUCCAAAUUGGUCUUUCGCCUCUCCUAGUAUAACCGUAGGCUCUAAAGUAUCCAGAACCAGCAGGGCAAGUGUAACAACAGUUCAAGAGGAGAAUGAUGUGGAGGAGCUUGAGAUGUUGCUUGAGGCUUACUUUAUGCAAAUUGAAGGCACAUUGAAUAAAUUGACCACGUUGCGCGAGUACAUUGAUGACACCGAAGAUUACAUCAACAUCCAGCUUGACAAUCAUCGGAAUCAGCUAAUUCAGCUAGAGCUGUUUCUGAGUUCUGGAACUGUUUGUGUGUCUAUAUAUUCUUUGGUGGCUGCAAUAUUUGGCAUGAACAUCCCAUAUACUUGGAACGAAAAUCAUAAGCACAUGUUCAAAUGGGUGGUUAUUAUGACAGGAAUAGCUAGCGCAGCAAUUUUCGUGUGUAUAGUUUCGUAUGCUCGGCACAAAGGUCUUGUGGGAUCCUGAUACUCAGUACCGUAUAAUCAGAGUUGGGAAGGCAAUACGUUGUGUAGCUUGCAGAAAUUAAAAUUUAUUCUGUGGUAUCCAAAUAUAGGCAUGAUCGCAUGACCAUGAUCAUAUUGGUUCAAUGGCAUACUUGUAUUCAACAUUUGAUGUAUAAGACAUAGUUUCAGGAGUGGCGUGGCACCGGGUUUCUCAGUGAACUAAAUCAUGUUGCUGGUGGCAUAGUCUUUCCAAUGUUGUAAGUAAUUGGUCAUUGAAUACAAA